ACACUGUUUGAUAUUGUUGCCUACCCUAUCUGGAGGUUUGGAUUAAGAAUGCUGAUGCUUGGAUUAGGUUUAGACCUAUUUAGACCAAGUGAAGGUGUUUGCCACGGAGACGAACUAUUUCUUCUGUUUAAAUUAAAUGCUAUUCCAAUGGACCCAGCAAAUGCGAAGGACAAACAGAUACGAGAUCAAAUGAUCGCUUUAUGGACUGAUUUUGCAUCAACACACAACCCCACCCCCAGAACAGAGAAAUGGAUUAAGUUCAAGAGCAGUAAACCCCAGUUUUAUGAGAUUAGCAGUGAGAGCUGUAUGAAGUAUCCUGGAGAUCAUAAAGCAAGGAUGGAGUAUUGGGCGAACAUUUGGGAGAAUAUACCAGCUUCUUAUAGAAAAAUGUCGUCUCCGACUUGGACUAGAUAUCCUCAUAACAGGUUUCCUGUUGAUGUAGAAUAAUGGAUUUAUGAAUGCAUCAAAAUGAUUUAAACACAAUUGUAUAUAUUCUAACUUUUCUACACAACAAAUUCUUGAAAGCACAAAUGGCAUUAUUUGAUAGACUACCUUGUUAUUUUUCUUUUCAGAGAUUAAAAAUAUUUGGAAAUAACUUUUAAGAAUGUUGGUUUCUGAAAAUUUUAAAUCUUUUCCAACCCUUCACCAUAAACCUUUCAAAUACUUUACAUUGAAUUUCUGGUUCCAGAAUUCCAUACAUUGAAUAUUCAAUCCAUACAAUCAAGCUUACAGGGGUUCAGGGGGGAUAUGCAUCUAAGCCCCCUAGAAAACUGUAAAAUGUGAUUUCCAUUGGAUGUCGAAAAUGUAAAAAAAUAUGAGUUAACUUAAAACCAC